CCACAAAAGAUGCGUCUAACGUAUGAAUUGAGAUUGAGAAGGGGAGACACAGUUAAUAUUAUCUUUCUCUGCGUUUCCUUUACUUCCUCGCACACUCUUUUGUCUAGACUAAAUUCUGCUCCUGAAAACAACGAACCAUAAGGUUCAGGGGUUGACAAUGGCAAGGUUAAUCCCAUAGAAGGAGAAUAAGGCAUACACGGGAUAUAAUGCUGAAACAUGGGGUCGCAACAAUAUAUAACAUUUUUCGACUAUUGUACAGGGAACAAGAAGUUUGUUGGCUACGCUGCUGGUGAAGUCUUCGGGUGGGCAUUAUCUUUACAGAGAAUGGAGGUAGGUGAAGGAGAAAUCUUUGAGAUUGUUUAAUUGACUAGAAAAGUUGAGCAAGUACCUAUAGUGAGUGAAAACAGGGGACCCAUUUUGGACUGACAUGCUUAGCAUCACAACCAUGGUUUCAGCUUUCUUGACUCCAAAUUCAUCUUUGGUUGAUGUGAGUGCAAAUGAGAUUUAUAUAUAGCAAUUUAGGAUUUGAAGGAAUAUUAUAUUGAAGGGAAUAAGCUGUGGCUGGAUGCCAGAUAAAGAAGGUACAGAUGUGAUAUUUCACUUGGAAUUCAGCCUAGUUGCUAGCUUGACGGACAAUGGAGAAGAACAAGGAAACUCCUCCAUUCCGUCCUCUUAUGGAAUGCAAGAGGUACUAUAAAAGCAAUUUUUUGGGAAAUUGUCCAGAUACUACACUAUAGAACAUUGCUUGAUAUGUUAAUUAUAUUCAAUACGAGGGUUUCAGAGCAGCGAGUUAUUCUAGUAAGGGAUAAUUGAGUGCAAUUUGAUGGGGAGUUUAUUGCACCAGUUUGUAACAAGACAAGGGGAAUCUUGUGUCAUGUGUUAGUGGGGAAAUAGAUGAAAUUGCAUAUAUCUUUGUAUUGGUGGCGCCAAGAAGGUAUGGGGGUGCUACAUUAUCCAACAAUACAUGAAGUGGUGGACAUACAUAACUUUUUUUGGCCAACCAAGGGUUCUUCCUAUUGUGCAAUGGAUCUAGAUAUCUUUAUUCAUGCUUGUUGGAUAAUGUAGCACCCCCAUACCUUCUUGGUGCCACCGAUACAGAGAUAUAUGCAAUUUCAUCUCUUUCCCCACUAACACAUGCCAGAUUCACUCUUCUACUAUAUCACAAACACAUAACUCCCCCUGUGUUGUUACAAACUGGUACAAUAAACUCCCCAUCAAAUUGCAUGAAGUGGUGGACGUACAUAACUUUUUUUGGCUAACCAAGGGUUCUUCCUAUUGUGCAAUGGGUCUAGAUAUCUUUCUUCUUGCUUCCACUCGAAUUGUGUUAUAAUUAUCUUAAUAGCUAAGGUAUUAUUUCAAAUAUAUUCUUUCCUAACUCCAAUCUAAACAUUAGGAUCAUCAUUCUUUAAUGCUUAUGUAAAUCUUAGGAGUAUCAUUAUUCUUAACUCCGAGUAACUUUAGGAGCACUAUCAUUCUUUACCCCAAGCUACUCUAGGAGUUCAUUACAUUCUUGUUAGAUAAGGUAUCAUAGUGUUGUUAUGUAGAAUGUAAAUUGAUGCAUCUUUAUGUACAUAAUAUAUCUAUCAUACUUAU